UCGGUCACUUCACGCAAAUUACAUCGAUGCCACCGCCAGUCGCCGAACCCUCGAUCUGUUUCUCCUCUCCAUCUCUCCACGGGCGCUCAGGAGUCAGGACAGAGGACAGAGAUCCAACGAUAGGAGAGGGAGGCCUGCAUGGCGGCUCGCCACCGAGCUAGCUGCAGCCCCUUCCCGAGAUCCACUACUGCUCCUCCUCCAUACCGCCUCCGCCGGCAGCGGGCUGCACGAAUCGUCUCCAUCAACACCUGCUGCUCCCCCACGCACCGAAGAAAUCAACAGCCAAGGAACGCGAGCACGACGACCACCUGCAACAUCCUCCCCUUCUCCAAGUGCUGCUGCCCUCUCCUUUGGUUAAAUCCCCACCGAGCGCUCUCUCUCUCUCUCUCUCCUACUUGUUGCUUGCUGUUUGUGUGUACAAGAACUGAGAAAGAACAUGCUGUUGAUCUUUGGAAAGUUAGUUGAGCCUUGCACUGUGUUAAACUCUCUCUUUAGCUUCUGGCCGAUGUGUGCACUUAAUUAUUGUUCUAUGUUAUAAGAGUCGUAACCUGUUUGUUUAUAUGUCAGUGAAGAUCUUUGAGUUGUUCUACUCUAAUAUUUGUGAAUGUGGCUGUGUGUAUACUUGUUGAUGUGUUUCGUGCAAUUUUCUAUCCCUAUCUAAAAACUUGCUUCUUCCCAGUCUUAUAUGUUUGCUUGUGAAAUUACUUUAUGUCAAUAUUGUUCUUUGUCUUUGCUUCUGCCCCUGUCUUUGAUGUAUGCUUGUCUUAGUGUUUUAGAUUCUAAAGUAAAUUGAAAAUACCAAAAAAAUACUGCAGUCAUUCUGUACCUUGAAUCCCAUAAUUGUUUCUAUCCCUAUCUUGGAUCAUUGCUUGUGAUGUUUCGUGGUAGAUGAUCUUGUCUUGCUUUUGAGUGGGAAACCUUCUCUUUGUUUGUUUUAAAUUCCAAAAUCCUUUCCUGUGAUCUAGCUUUAACCGAACAUUGUUGUCGCUGCCUAAUCCCUGUGGAGAACCUUGACAAAAACUACUAUAUUUGCAUUGAUCAAAUUGGUGCCGUUGCCGGGGAAUAGCAGCGAGCGAUUGUGUUAGGUUAUAGACUAGGUGUUUUUCCCCUUGUUUGGUAACCCCUAUUCUAGGUGUUUCUUUGUUUUCUAUUUGUUUCUUGUCAUAUUUAGCAGGUUAUAUUAUCAUCUUGGUCAUGUCAUACUAUUCAGAUUAUUAUGGAUAUGCGAGCAGUAGCGGCAACAACAUAACAAGUCUUCAAGAUAAGAUAAAUGAGUUGUCUGGUCAGAUGCAAAUGUUAUCAAGUAAAAUAGAACGACAAAAUUUGCAGCAAGGAAAUGGUCUUCAGGGAGGGCCUGCUUGUUUUGAUCCUUAUUCUGUAGGCCAUCCCCAUACUUAUGUUGCUCCUGAAUGUCAUAUUUGUGGAUAUCAAGGCCAUAUUCCCGCUGAGUGUCAGCUGGGUAAAUCUUUCACCCCAAAUUGUUAUGAUAUGGGUUUUGCUCCACAGCAUGAUCUGUACCACAACAAUUACCCCCCUAGUUGGCUUGAUAACCCAAAUAUUACAUUUAGGAACAACAGCCCUGAGGACUCAUCUUUUUCUUCUAGCUAUCCUAUGCAGGGAUUUAGGAAUGAAGAGGCGAAGUCACAAGCUCAGUUAAAUUUUGAAGCAGAACAACAAGCUUGGUUUGAAGAUUUUAUGAAGACGCAGCAAGAGAAGAUGGUUCAUCCACAAUCAGCUAUACUUUCAGAUGUAGAUCAAGAACAUGUGAUUUCAGAAAAUGAAGAAAAAGUUGAUCAGAUUUGGGAAGAAGAGAGAUCCGAGAUUAAAGAAGAUGAUGCACUAGAAGACAAGACACACAAUGAGCAAGAGCUGGACUAUGCAAGUAGCAAAGAUAUAGUGGCUGCCAAUCUUGAAGAUACUGAAGACAAAGAGGCUAAUGGAGUGGAAAAUGAAGAUAACGAGGAGAUUCAAGUCGACAUGUCAAUUAUCAUUCAGGAGUGUGAUGAAACAGGUUUAUCAAACCCAAUUAAUGACAUUCUUCCUUAUGAAUUCCCUGCUACUACCUUGCAUUGCUUGAUGCCAUCACUUAAGGUAGAACUCAAUUGUGACUUUCUUAAAUUUGAUGAUGCAUACUUUGUUAGUGACAAUACUGAAAUUCAUGAUGAUGACUCAUGUUACUCACAUGCUAAAAUUCUGCUUAUGGAUGCAUGCUCUAAGAUUACUCGCGUCUCACAUGUGAAUAUUUAUCAUUCUCACCAUGUGCUUUGUUGCUACGCUUACAUCAUUGGUUUUUCAAUUGAUGACUUAGAGGGUGUUGGUCCUUUGACCUCUCCUAGGUGCUAUUCAUAUGAUAUAACUGAGUUUAAUGUGAUAUAUCAUCAUCGCCAUGUGUUUUAUCGAUAUGUGUAUACCAUUGGAUACUCCAUUGAUAAUUUGGAGGGGGUUGACCCUGUCUCUUUUAGUUCUUGUUGUGAGUGUAUUUCAGGCAUAUCACAGGUGCUUUGUCAGCUCGGAAAAGUCCAGAUUCUAGUUGACAUUCCUUGGGACCCUGGUGGAUCCAUGGCAUGGAGAUGAUGAGAGAGAGCAUGAGGAGAAGAGAAGGAGAGCACAUGAGGUUUUGAGAUGGUGUAGCAAAGAGAGUUGUAUCACACUUGAAGUAAAAUGCUGAAGCAGAUGGGAUCGAGGGAAUCAAGAAGAGUUGUUGAAUUCAGAAGAUGAGUGGCUUGGUCUGAAGGGAAGGUGUAGUCCAAUAAAAUAUACUUCAAAUCAUCUAAAACACCAGUUAAGUGCGAAAAGGCACAUACUCUUCUCAUUUUGGACAAGCGGCUGAUGCACCUAUACACCGAAGGACCUGAGCAUAAGGAAAGAAGAAAGAAAGGGCUGAAGUGAAGAAAAAAAAGACCAACUUGUGGAAAAAGAAGAAAGGAGAAAGGCCUGGAUGUAAAAAUGUCAAAGGGAUUAAAUCCCUAACUCCUGAUCUCGAUCCCCUUGAGCCUGCCACUUCCCCUUCCCCCUAUCUCCUGCUGCACCACCGGCCGCCGCCGCGGCCAGGCCAGCAUGGCGGCUCGCCACCGAGCUAGCUGCAGCCCCUUCCCGAGAUCCACUACUACUCCUCCUCCAUGCUGCCUCCGCCGGCAGCGGGCUGCACGGAUCGUCUCCAUCAACACCUGCUGCUCCCCCACGCAUUGAAGAAAUCAACAACCAAGGAACGCGAGCACGAUGACCACCUGCAACAUCCUCCCCUUCUCCAAGUGCUGCUGCCCUCUCCUUCGACUAAAUUUGAAUGCAUCUAUACAUUAAGGCAUGUCUAGAUACAUUCAAAUUUUGACAAACUUGAGACAUCCUUUGUUGGAUGGAGAAAGUACUCCAGUUGCUGUUUGAGUUUAGACUUCGGCAGGCGGCGAUAAGAUGCAACGCUCACGAGGUGUUCGGCAAAAUAGACGAGAGAGAAGUAGCGCAACAUAUGGGUAUUGUAGUUUUAGGUAUUCACUUUUGGAUAUGCUGUAAAAGUUGGUGUCAUUUUAAAUACCCAUAUUUUUUC